CAUAAACAUUUUCGACUACCACAUGUUAUUUUGUGUGUUAACCGUCUUGAUUCUUGUUAGACAACCUCUGUCUUACUCAAUUAAUCUGAUUUCGCAACAGAACUGUUCAUCUGGGUCCACAACUUCGAAUGCUGAAUAUUUCAACUCCGCGAAUCUUUUGUGUAAAAAAUGCUCACAGAAUUUAACUUAUCAAAGACAGUCAGCAGAUGGAUUUUCAUGUGUGUGUCAACCUGGGUAUAAAACAAUAAAAAAUUUUGGUGGUAAUAACGUGGAAUGUACUAAAUGUGGAGAGGGAGAGACGGUUAGCGAGGACGGCUUAUUCUGCAUACCGUGCAGAGCUGGCUCAUAUUUGACAGCUACAAAAAGUUGCGGUUCUUGUCCUUCAGACUCUGUUUCAGUUUAUCUUGACCAAUCGGGAUCACCACUCGCUAGUCAGACAUGCUUAAAGUGUUCAAACAAUACGAUACCAGAUAAUUCAUCCUGCGUUACAUGUCGAACAACUAUCAAAAUGUUACGUGCUUCUUCAUUGUCUGAAUCGUGCACAUGUCCGAAUUCUCACAUUGAUGGAGUUUGUUUUCCUGGGAUUACACCAACAACAAUUGGUACUUCUAAUCUAGCUUCCAGUUCAAGCCCAGUUGUACCUACAGGUUCUGAUACAUUCACACUAGUAUUACCUGCUGGUGAGACAAAUUCACAAACAGGAAUAUCAUCUAAAUACUUUGAAACACAAGCACGUUCAGCCACAGCGUUUUGUUCAACUGCUUAUAAUAAUAUUACUGCAUGUCAAUUAUUAGCUAAUUUAUGUACUUUACAAUUCAAUACACUAUAUGGUACUGGAACUGGAUCAGCCAGUACAUGUUCAGAAUUUCAAAGACUUACCAGUCAAAGAACUCCAAUUAAUAGUGAUUAUACUAGUUGGGUGACUAAUAUGCCAUGGCUUUAUUAUAGUCCAACUAAAGGAUCAACAGUUUUAAAAGAUACAUCUAUACCAACAAUUUAUAGUCCUAAUUCUAAUUUACAAAUCUAUUUAGCUGCAUUUAAAAUAAAUGGUGAAUUUUUAGGUUUUCAAGAUGCAUCACAAGGUGGACAAUUGCAAUUGUGUAAAGAUACAUCAGCACGAAUGAAAGCUGCAUUUCAAUUUGCUACAACAUAUAAACAAACUUGUGAAUUAAAUGUGGACGAUUUAUUUGAUCAAGAAAAAUAUCCAUUAAUUUUCUAUGAUCCAUAUGUUUACUUUUAUGAUACUAAAACACAAACUAAUCAACUGAUUCCAAUUCCAAUACGUAAUACAGCUGUUAUUGAUAAGAAUGGCAAUUUCCCCAAUGUAAUAACUAGUUCCGAUCAAAAUAGUUUAAAUGAAGCUUUAGCAUUGGGUAAUACAGCAUCAGCAGUAUCAAUUGAAGCUGCUAUACAAGAUAAAUGGGAAUUAACUCGACGUUUAUUUAUGAUUGAUAGUUUUUCGGGUAAAACAUCGACAGGAUCGAAUGUACCUCAAUUAGUUCGUUAUGCAUCGAAUAUUGAAAUAAAAGUGACAUCACAAGAUUCAGUUACUGAUGGACAAAUAUAUCCACCGAUUAUUAAAAUUGACUAUUCAAAUUUAUACGCUACCAAUGAUUAUGGCAAAGGAAAACAUGUUCAAAUUACAUUUUCCGUGACUUAUGGUAGUUCAAUCGGUAAAGAAGCAGCUUUUGAUCAAGCAUUACGUAUUGCAAUGGGUUGUAUGUCUACAUUGGCUGCAUGUUAUGCAAUGAUACGUACAUGGAUUUGGUCACGUCGUGCUGGUGUACUACGUUUAGAUGCUAUGCUAGUGAUUAAACUAGUUUUAUUUGCUGCCGGAAGUAUUUCCAAUGCAUUUCUAAUUGUAAUCUAUUUCGUUUCAAUAUACUUUUUAAUAUUUUAUAAAGUACAAAGUGUAUAUUUAAUUAAUCUACCGAAUUCUGAUGAAUUUAUAUUAGUUUAUAUUGCAAUUGCAUUUGUAUUGAAAUGUAUUGAUCUGAUACAUUUAAUAGCUGUUCAAUGUACAAUGGAUAUAUUUUUAAUUGAUUGGGAACCGCCAAAAUUUAAUCGUAAUGUUAACUAUGCUAAUCCACCAUCGAAUACUGAUUUACAUUUAAGUUCAAGAAGUCAAUCAUUUGCAAAAUAUAACAUGAUUAACGAUGAUUUAGAAGUACGUUCUAGUAAAAAAGAAUCACGUUCAACUUUACCGCCAUCAUCAUCAGCAUCCAAUCAAAUGGAAGAUAGUAGUGGUAUUUCAGUAUGGCGUAUAAUUUAUGUAGCGAAUGAAUGGAAUGAAAUACAAACUUAUCGUAAAACUAGUUGUUUAAUCACUAUUGCUUGUGUGCUUAUUUUAAUGCAGGUUAUUGGAUUAGAAAAUUUAGCUUCAUCCGAUGCUAAGUCGAAUGUUCUACUGAAUCCAUAUGAAUAUCAAAGUCCACAAAGUCGUAUCUUUCGAAUUGCUUUAAUACUUUCAAUUUUUGCAAUAAGUGGUAUUAUUCAAUGGUUUAUCUCGAUCACAUUAUGGGAAAGAUGUUUCUCUGAUAAAUUACGUAGUUUCGCUGAUUUAUGCAGUGUAGCCAAUGUUUCUGUGUUUUUAUUUGCUCAAUCUAAUUUUGGCUAUUACAUUCAUGGACAUUCACCGACAGGUCAUUCUGAUGUAGAUUUAGGCGGUAUUACACAAAUGCUGUCAAUUGAAAAUGAAGGUAUAGCACCGAAACGUGGUAUUACACCAGACUCAAAUGAUCACACCUAUCGUAUGGCUUUACCUUCAGGUUUACGUCAAACAUUCAAUCGUCUUUAUACACCAUUAUUGAAUUUAACAGCGGCGAAUCCAGAUAAAUGGGGUAAGCAUAGCUCAACGCAAGCAAUCACAAAUGAAGUUUACAAUAAUAUCAAUCGAUUUUUGAAAAGAUUCAUUUCAAGAGAUGAUCCUGAUGGUUUACGCUAUAGAAUUGUACGUCGUAAAGCAUUUGAAGAUAUUCUUGAUGGUGAAUUUGAUGAUACAACAUUUGAAGGAUUAUUUUAUAUUGAUGACGGUAAUUCAUUCGGUGACACAUUGUAUUAUGGCAAUGAAUGGUUAUUAUUCACAUUCGACGCAGUUCUAUUCUGUUUAGUGGAUUUAUUAAGUCAAAAUUUAAUAUUAUCAGCAUUUUUUGUUAUAUUAAUAGGAGGUUUAUUCAGUUUAAUACGUGAUGAUCUUGGACGUCGUAAUACAGCUAGAAAAACACUUGUCGAUGAACGUUUUUUAAUUUAGAAAUAAAUAUAUUCUUCCAAUUUGAAAGUGAACUGUAUGUGCAAAAUGGAAUGAUGAAUGGUCCGUUUUUUGUUUUCU